AAAUAUGUGCAACUUUUAAGGUUCCCUGACCAUGGGCCAAUAGGACGUCAACAUGUCCGCAACAAAUAUUAACAAUUUAAAUUUCAACUUACUACUUGAUGAGAUUGAAUCGGGUAGCAGUGGUUCGUUAGCAAAUGUUAUUCGCAAGCUACGAGAGAGUGAGUUGGCAGCUUUCAAAGCUCGCAUAGGAGGUCCAACAGGUGAACUACUAGCUAGUUUCAUAGCAUCUCUUGAUCUGCGCGCAUCAGAGCAUAAUGCAGAAAUAGAAAAGACCUGCAGCUAUCACUACCAAAGUUUCGUUGAUUCCACGCGUGAAUUACUUGAAAUCCAGCAAAAUGCAGAAAAGCUUGAAAACGAUUUACAAGCACUAAAUGUGGAGCUGGAAGUUACAGUUAAUAAGUUUAGUGAAUCGUGUGACAAAUUAGCCGCCUGUAAACUCACUUUGGAUCAUGUUAAUCAAUGCAUUGAGGCAAUUCAAAUCAGUCUUCCGAUAUUAGAACAAUACUCUCGCAUUGAGCAAAGUAUUGCUGACGGAAGGUACUAUCAUGCCUUGAAAAAUCUUGAAGACCUAGAGCAUUCUCAACUGGAUCUAAUUCGCCCGUUCGCCUUUUCUGAAAUCAUCAUUCAUCGCAUACCGAAAACAAGAACGAGAAUCAAGAAUGCAAGUCUUGAUGAAUUAACUGAUUUUCUUGAAUACAUACGGAAAAAUUCAAUAGUUCUUGGUGCAUUUGCUAUGCGAGAAGCAGCACAAGUAUCUGGAAUAGAUAGUGAAGCACUUUGCGAUACCUUGGCAGUUAAUGGAUACAAAGAAGCACAGGAUGUAAGCAAAAAACCAAAUAACGAAUCACAACAACAAGUGAUGUUAAAAUCGUUAGUUCACAAAGCAUCCGUUAAUACGAAUACUGAUAGUUUAGAUAAUGAAUUAGAAAUGUUAACUCAAAUUGUUACAAAUAAAAAUCAUCCAUGGAUUACCAAUGAUGAUCAUGGUGAACCAGAAAUGACAAUAAAAACUCAAAUAAAUGUUAAUAAUGAUGAUAAUUGUUGUAAUCGAACAUAUUCAAAAGUGGAGGAUUUAGUCGAUUUCGGACCAGUGUAUCGAUGUUUACAUAUUCAUUCUGUAUUGAAUGAACGAGCGGAAUUUGAACGACAUUAUUGUACUCAACGACGAAAACAGUGUCAAUUAAUUUUGAGUUUAUCACCAAAUCAACAAGUCGAAAUGCGUAAUUAUGGUGAAUUUUUCAGUGGAAUUUGUGGAUUUUUUGUAGUUGAUGAUUUUAUUCGUCAUACAUUAUCUGGUUCAUCAGUAUUUUAUCAAACAUAUUUAGAUGAAUUAUGGGUACAUACAGUGAAUCGUUUAAUAGAUUUUGUGCAUGUUAAUGCAAAAUCAUGUGAUUCACCGAAUGAUUUAAUUAAAUUAAAAGAUUAUUUAAUUAUUUUUGAAAGAACUAUGCAAAAUUUAGGCUUCCCAAUAACUGGUCUAACUGAAACAAUUGGUAUUGUCCAGCGGUACUAUCAUAGACUAUUAGCUAGUCAAUGGAAGUCUAAAUUUGAAGCAAUAAUUGCUGAAGAUAGCUAUGAAACAAUUAAAAUAUCAAAUUCGGAACAGUUAGCUGAAUUCCUUGAAAUGUAUCCACCAGGCGAUACAGUUGAGUUUUCUGAACUUCCAUUUCCUAAACAGUUGUGCUUUUCAUGGAUGGUACCUAGAAUUUAUCAAACUGUUCGUGAAUACAUUAAUUUGUGUUAUCGGUUUUGUGAAAAUAUGGAUUUAGCAUACACAGAACUAGAGGAUACAAUUAAUCGUGCUACAAAUUUCCUAUUCAGUCAAUGUUUAAAUACAGUUUUAACUUCGGGCGUUCGUUCAUCUUUACGUCAAUUACCUCGACUUACGCAAUUCUGUAUAAAUUUGGAUGAGUUAGAAACAGUUUGUGGGCAUCUGGAUAACUAUCUUCAAUACACCUUGCUAGAUGAGGCUUCAAGUAUAACCAGUGGUCGUCUAAAAGAUUUCGCAAUGAUUAGGGAUAAUCAACGUGAAGAUUCAGAUAUGACUGCAUCAGUUACGCUAAACUCUGGAGCUAAUCCACCACGUAGCCGAUUACAAGGUGCAUCACUACUUAAAGAUAUACGUGUAUUAGUUGAAGAUCAAAUUUGUAAUCAUUUAAAGGAUAAUGUUGCAAAAUUCAUUAAUUUAAGUAACUAUGAUGAUACUGAUGAUAAUAAUGGUGGUCAAACUAACAAUAAUACCAAUAAAAAUGAUCAAUUAUUAAAUAAUUCUCAAACUGUUGAUGGACGUAAUGGUGUAAGUUAUAUAACUAAUACAAAAACUAAACCAACUGAAAAUAUUGUACAUUUAACAUCGUGGUUAAAAUCAGUGUUCCAUUCAUUCUCAAACCUUCCGCCGAAAAUCGCUCAAACUGCUUGUAUAUCAGUCUGUAAACAUAUUGCUCGUUUAUUGUAUGAUGUUUUAUUUGGUUCUCAAGUGCGUUCUCUUUCUGAAACGGGUCUUCAACAAUUAAGUAUUGAUUUAUCUUUGUGUGAAUCAUUUGCACGUUCACAACCUGUUCCAGGCCUAGAUCGUACUACUCUUUGGUUGAUUUUUGCUGAUUUAAGACAGUUAUUGGAUUUAUAUCACAAAGAUGAUUGGACUUCAUACAUUGCAUUUCGUAAAAAUGUUACUGGUUAGUAGUUAUCUUUUUUAUGUGUUCUGUGAAGUUGCUUGAAAUGUACAUACUGUAUUAUUUCGUGCUUACUUAUUUUGUUUCUAAGGUUUGAAUGCGGCAUUACAGAUACAAAUGUUGGUCGAUAAACAAAAGUUAUAAUAGUAGCUUAACCCAGUGUUUUCAUACUGAUCUGUUGUCGACUGAUGUGGUAUUGAAGGUUAAUGAUACUUAAUGGAUUAUAUUACAUGUUCAAGCUCUUAAACACCGAUUUUAAAACUGCGUAGCUACUAUAAAAAAGCUCCCUUUAAAUUUGUUUCAGAAAAGUAUCUGUGUAUUUAAAUUGCACACAAGGUCUACAACUUAUCAUGAUACUCAUUACAAUAAGAUAGAACCAGGAAAAUCACAACAGUUGGUACGUUUUUGUUCUUGUCUGCUCUUUGAAGAAGCGAGGUCUGCUCUGGAAUCAAAUAAUUGAGUAUAUAUUGUGCGGUACGAAAAUGAUCAUAAACUUCAUAACUGAAGGUGAAAUGACUGACUAACGUUGUUAACAUAUUCUUUCAUACGUAUUUCGUAAAUAAUUAAAUAUUAUAUAUACGUUAAUAGAUCCCAAUCUAUUGGAAUAUCGCACAUUUUUAGUUAAGAACUUUUCACUUCAACCAAAAAUAAAAGUGUUGAUUAUGUCAUUCCAAACUUGGUAGCUAGAUAGUACAAUACGCUCUGUAAGUUGAAAGACUUCAGCUGAACGUACUCAUGACUUCAAACAGUAGCUAACUGAAGAUGUUAACAAGCAGCAUGAGCAUCAUUUAAUAUCAUUGGAUUUCAGCUCGGUCGCUGAAUGACGUCGUAUUCCAAAGAUCCUGUGCACUUCAUAGAUAUGCUCAAUUUCUUAAUCAAUCUCAAACUAUCAUUAAAAGGCUCUUCACUGGCACUUUUUAAUGGUUUCUCAGCCGUUGUCCGUUUAUGAAAAAAGAUCUAUGUAGUUUUAUUACUUUCUUAAUGUCUUGAGUAGAAAAUAGAUAUGAUUUUACUGCUUUCUCGUUAGUGAUGACUCCGUUAUUAUUCACUGAAUACUGAUAAUGUACGCUAGUGAUAACCUCAACUUGUAAACUAGUCACUUCUAUCAUAAUUUCCAGUCCUAUGUUCAUGAUUUAUCUGCAAGAUACUUUGUAUCAGAUUUUAAAAAAUUAGUAGUAAUAAUCACGCACAUUUUUUGUAAUUAAAUUUAUUUCUCAUGUGUCUACCUUUUCUAAAGCAUGAGAUACACACCAUCGGUGUAUAAAUAUAGUUUACGUUUCGAGGGGGUAUAUAUAAUUUCUCAUUUUGGCGGGCCAACCAAAAGCGUCCUCACUCAACUAGCCAUCUGGGCUCACGAAUAAGAAGAUUGUUUAUUGACAUCAUACAACCUAACAAUUACCCUUUAUGUAGCAAUUUUGUGUUUAUUCUCCACCACAUACCUUAACGUCCAUUGUCAGUCGACAUAGCACGUUAAAAAUGUGUUUGGUGUAGGCACAUUAGGACGUGAAUAACAUCAAUCCUAAAAGCCAUUAACUGCCCAAACUUUCUGGUUAGGCCCCACAAAACUGUCAUGAAUUCUCUAGCGGUUGGAGACGUUAAAAUUACGUAGCCCAAAAUGUUUCACUAUAUGUAACAUCAUCAUUCCUUAAUCUUAUUUUAUCCUUUCUCAAGUUAAGAUUUUCAUUGCAGUCGAUAUAAUCUUUUCUUUGUUUCGCAUCAUUUUAAUUUUCCAUCUCUCUAUGUUGACAUGAAUUGUGGUAACUUGCUUCGAUAUAUAUUCCUAGCAGGCCUUAUAUUGAUGAUAAUUGGCAGGCUAUAUAUUUUUCCCCAUGGCUCUUUUACAUAAUGUUUUGUCUCUCACUUAAAAUCGAUUGAUGAUAAACCAUUUUCUUAUUCUAGAUAAAGCUGUCAAAUAAUCUGAAAAUAAGUUUGCUGUAUUUUAAUUUAAUUCAAUGUGAUUGUAUUUACCGAUAUGUUACUUACGUAUUUAUUCAUAAGAUCAUUGUAUUUAAAAAAUGACGAGGUUAUUCACAUGAUCAAAAUUCAAGUAAACUAAUCAAAUAAGAUUUAAACAAAUAAAUUCUACAAAAGAAAUACUAUGAUCAACAAGCUGAAAAUAUAACUGUGAAUAUUUAUUAGUUUGAAAUAGUAAUAUGUAAAUGGCAAUUAAGAAAACCACAAGUUUAUUCCAUGGUUUAAAGCAUGGUUCUAACAAAUUGUUACUGUAUCCACAACACAGAUUUUGAAUUAUGAAUAAUUAAAACUUUCUCAACAUAAUGUAUAGUUUCAGGUAUACAUCUUUUGAUAUGUUUGACUUGAUUCUGUAAAUAAUAAGUCAUAGGCUGGAAUGUCUUAUGUCUAUUAUACAUUGUAGAAUACAUGAUAUUAUUUUCUAUACUCGUUUUUCACUUAAUGAACUGUAUCCCACUUUUCAUAUUCCAAAAAAAAAUUAUUCUUAUCUAUUCUUUUUUUCCAUAAAAAUUUUGUUUAGGAUCGGGAAAAUAUGGUAAGUUUUAAAAAAAGGAUUGUGGUACUUUUUUUUCAAUGAAUAGGUAUUUUUGUCUUUUUUUUGACAGAAAAAUAAUAGAGAUGAGUGUAUUUUUGUUGGAAAAAUUUCAUCUUGAUAAGUCUUGCUAAUUGAACGCUAUAUUCGAUUCUUAAGCUAUUCUCGUAACCCCCAAACUAGAACAAUACAGCGACCUGAACACGAGAUAAAAGGUGCAAAAUAUGCGAGAAGCACUCUACUUCAAAGGUUCGUUUUAGUACAAAAAAUAUAGGGUUUUUAUAGUUUUUUUUUAGAUGUCCCCGGGUUUCCCGAAGAUUCUAGGAUGCUACUAAACAUAGUAGCAGUAUAGUAAUCAGCCAAUCAGAAACUCUACAUGUGACUUUUCACUUUCUUGAUGUUUUUAGCUAAACUUCUACUGAACGCUGAUUGGACAAAAUGCUUCUUAGUGUUUCCUGAGCCUUUCUUGUCUUUUGAGAGAAGUUUUCUGGAUCACCCCAACACAUCUAAUGGUUACAUAGAUAAAUAUAUUAGAAAAUAAUAAUAACUUAUUAGUUACAAAUUUUUACACUCAGCUCUAACCUACACUUUGAAUUGUGUAUUGACUAAUGAUUACUACUGUGGACUGCCUAAAUUGUAUUAUGAUAAGUGUUUAUUUAUUUACUUGAACACAUAAAUAUUGAUAUAAAGGGGCACUCAAUAUAUAUGCGCCACACAAGUCACUUGAUUUAUGUGUGGGCUGUGAUACUAUCCAUGUACCUAGACCGAAGCAGGUGGUUUCCUUAGGGGGCCACAUCCCGAGUCUUCGAGCUGAAGGUCUGAUCCACAAGGCAGUGGAGGAACGUUGGGAGAUGCAGUUCCAUCGUAGCCGGUGACCAACGAUAGGUUCAUACGCCAUUUAUUUCCUUAGAAUCCUGGAGCCCUUGUGCACCAUUGGUUUGGAAUCAGGGUUUUCCAACUCCCCUAACUGGAUGGUCCAUAUCCACCAACCCGAUUAAAGCGCUGGGCAUUCACUUUUCAUCCUCUCCGUUUCGUAAACAACACCCGCGGCGCGAGAAGGCAGUGACUGUAUACACGCGACUAUGUGACAGCAUUUCGAGAAGGAGAGUUGGCUCUCCCCACACCGUACCAUGCGUUAAGUAGAGUUUAAAUCUAUGCGACGCAAGGGUUGAAAUCUUUUAACUACUAAGCUACUGUUUUAUGAUGAAUAAGUAUUAAAUCCCUUGCUUUAUUACAAACUAACAAUUUGUUAACAAAUACAUAUUGUACUAAUUACUAUACAAAUAAGCUGUAAAUAAUUAAAUCAAAGGAUUUUAUUGUCUUUUGUAUUGAGUUCAUUUUAAUCUCUUCUGAGCAAGUUUAAUGAGAUAACUCUUAAGAAACUAAUUAUUGUUCAAAUUAUUUUUUAGUAAUGAAAUGUAUCGUGCAGAUUUAUAAACUAUCAGACGAUAUUUUAAUGUACACACAGUGAUGAUAUUUAUCAUUUAAGUUUCCUCCUACAAUAUGUAAAAUCUACUUUUGGUACAUUUUAAUCUAUCCUACAUAAACACAAAUCUUAUUUCUAUAAUGUAAUUCAUAUAUACAAUCAUUCUAGGAUUAUAAACUUUUCAUUAUUGUCUUUUGUUUUCCAAGCAACAUUUGGUGGAACAAUUUAUACAACGAAUUGGUAUUAGACUUGAAAGUGAUAAGAGUUAUUGUAAAAAUAUUAAGGUUCUUUCCUAGUUUAUCUAAGUGAAGUUUUACUAAAAUACAAUUUACAAGUUAAUUUCAAUAUCUUUAUAACACAAAUAUUGUGUAUGUUUUUUUUUAAUUAUUUCAAUUCAUUAAUAGGCAGUGCUUAUGAUCGUGUUCCACCGAGUGUAGCAAUUAAACUAUUAGAACGUUUACGUGAUUCCGAUAAAAAACGUACUGGAUUCCUUCAAGCAAUGCGUAAAGAGGAACGUGGUCGAAAGAAAAAACUCGAAGAUAUAAUUCGUCAAUUACGUGAAUUAAAUGUUACACCUCGAAAUAAUUAAUCUUAAAAUUUCAGAAUUAGAAAGGGAAAGUAAUGGAACUUAUCUAGAGCGGAAUAUCACCAUUUCUCUUAUUUGCUUUAUACAUAUUCAAAACAGCUUCGUCAGUUUCCAUGCUGUUUCAUAUAUAUAUAUAUAUAUAUAUAUAUAUAUAUA